AUAAAUUUAUAUUAUAAGUUUAUGUCAAACUGUCGAUUAGAAACGAUAAAUCGCGUUGCAGUGAGUCACAUCGUAAUCGUCCGGUCCCGAUAGGUGGUGUCGAGCAAUACUUACUCAUAAUUUAUCUUUUACAUUCGACUUCUUCUGUUUUUUAGUUUUUUUCGUUCCCCUCGAUAUUAAACGAUUUGUUCGACGAAUACCUUAUUCGAUUGUCAACGCGUUUCGGCAGUUUUCAACGGCCAAGGUCGUUUCCAAUGGGAUUUUUGAACGGCAUUUUGGUGUCAAAUUUACAAUGACUGUGGCACAAUGGAUAUUGCCGACAUUAAGGUUAGGGUUCUUUAUGAUUUUGAAUAUAAGACAAGAGAAAAUAAGCAUAUAUCAAUUAAAGAAGGCGAGAAACUACUUUUAUUGAAAAAAACUAAUGAUGAUUGGUGGCAAGUUAUACGUAGUUCAGGCCGACCAUUUUAUGUUCCAGCCACUUUUGUUAAAGAAAUACCACGAGCGCCUAGCAGGCCUAGUUUAUCCAAGGGGGAGGAGAAAAUUAAAAUGGAAAAACCACAAGUGCUAAAACGUACUAUUUUUGAAAAACCUUCAACUCCGUCCUAUGAAAACAUUCCUUUAGAAAACACAACUGUUGUAAGUGUCAGUGAUUCCAUCAUCGAUUCUGUAAUUAGUGAUAUUAAACGAGUUGAUAUUCAAAAUGAAAAUAAUAUAUUAUCACCUGUGGCCAAUCGAAAAAAUAAAACUGUGGUCACCGUUAACCAAGAAAAUACUGGCUAUUGUCAAGUGAAUGUUAAAAAAUGUAGUACUAAGGAGCAAGUUUCAUUACAAUUAUCAAGCUCCUUAGAAGAACUUGCUCAAGAAAUUGAGUUAAAAUCAAUGCCAUUAAAUAAAAAUACAACUAAUGAGUGCUCUCCAAUUACAAGUUAUUCUAAGGUUCAGAACUUGUUAGAAAAUAUUCGCAAGCCUUCUAAUAUUACAGUUAAAAAUGCAAUUGACGUUGAAAAGCCUGAUAUAAGUAGUAAUGGACAAAUUAAUAAAAAUGUACUUUGUUAUUCUGGCAGCUUUAAAACAAAACAUGAACGUGACAAAUGGGCUAAAAAUAUAAUGAGUAAUGGAAAUAUUAUUGAAGAAAAUAAGCUAGAUGAUGAAGAAUCAAUGAUGAUGAGUGAUUCUAUUGUAUCAAAAUCAACAUCUACACCUGAUGCCCAUAGUACUAGUGCAGAUCUCACAGGUGGAUCUACAGAUAGCUUAUUAGAUGGUGAUUCAUUGGGUAUUACUGAUAGUGAUCAAGAUUCUUUAAGAAUGCAUGGAUCCAGAAAACGAACAUCUUUAGCAAGAAAUCGUCGAGUGGAUUCAUAUUCUAAAAGAUAUCCAUUAAGAAGUACUUCACCGCCUAUUCCGGAUGGUACUCUGAACCAUGGUGAAUAUUUGUUUGGUUCAUGGUAUAAAUACUCCAUUGAAGAUGGUAAUAAAGUUUUUUAUUACAAUACCAAAACUUGUGAACGCACCUGGUCCUCUCCAAAACAACGUGAAAAUAAAAUAAGUCGACCUAGUAGUGCUGGAACUAUUAAUUCGGGAAGUCAAAGUUCAUCACCAUUAGCUGAAUUGGAUGAAGAAUUAUAUGAACCUAAUGAUAACACUCCAUCAUUAAAAACAAAAGUUAAACUUAUUAGUGAAACACCUGUAGGAUGGAUAAUGAAAGCUGAUCCAAACUCUGGCUUGCCAUGUUUUGUAAAUCAGUCUACAGGAGCAAAGUGGUUUACCUCAAAAGAUUUUGAAGGUCGCUCAUAUUAUUUUGAAGAAAAUAGUAAUGAAUCUUCUUGGACAUUGCCUGAAACAAACAAUAAAAUCUUACGUAAUACUAGCCCAUCAAAUUCAAAAGUUGACUUAGAAGAUUCUUCAUCGUCUCUCAAACCCUCAAACAAGAAUAUAAUUGAAAAAAAUGAUUCUCCAAUCUUAAAGAGUUCAUUGUCACCUCAAGUUCCUCGAAAUUGGCCACAAUUAUGGGAUGGCCAUAUGUGCGUAUUAAAAGAAGGUCCAUUAAAUCGAACAAAAAUGACUGAAAAUGGAAAACGUCUUCGAAAAAAUUGGACAACAUCACAUGUUAUUCUUACUGAAUUAUUUUUACUUUUCUUUAAAGAUGCAAAAUCUUUUAUAGCUAUGAAAAACGGUAAUGGUCGGCCAGAACUUUGUAUUGACUUAAAUGGUGCUCUUGUUCAAAAAGCUGACAAGAUGUCUAGCCGUAAAAAUGUAUAUGUUAUCAGUACUGUUUUAAGAACCCAGGUAUUGUUCCAAAAUGAUUGUAACAUUCAGGCUGAAUCAUGGCUAUAUGGAAUACAAGCAGCUAUUUCAAAUCUGCCUUGUAGUUAUGAUAGUUGUCCUCGUAUACCAAGUUCAAAUAUCUUAGAAUUGCCUGAAGAUGAAAAAAUAACUAAAGUCAAUAGAAACAAGUCAAUUAAUAUAAAAUUAAAAGACGGAGGAAGUAUGGAAGAUUUAACAGCAACUAAUGUAGAACGUCAAACUAAAAUAAAAGCUCGUUUACGUAAAUUUUUUCACCGAAGACCUACAAUAGAAUUACUAGUCAAAAAAGGAAUAUGGAAAGAUGAGCCUGCAUUUGGAUGUUUCUUAGAACAUGUUACUGGUACAAACCAACCUCGUAUCCCAGAAUUUGUUAAACGCUGCAUAACAGCUAUCGAAAGCAGUGAAGAUAAUUUGAAAACUGAUGGUUUAUACCGCGCUUCAGGCAAUUUAUCUCAAGUGCAAAAGAUUAGACUACAAGUUGAUCAAAAUAAUCUAUCAGUAAUUGACCAAGAAGAAGAUGUUCAUGUUCUGACUGGUGUUCUAAAGCUGUUCUUCAGAGAACUUAAAGAGCCAUUAAUACCAUAUCAUGCUUUUCGUAAAGCAAUAUCAGCAGGAACAAGUCAUAGUCACAAAGACAAAUUAUCAAAUUUUUGUGACAUCACUAAAUCUUUACCCGGGCCAAAUUAUGAUACCUUAAAGUUUUUACUCAAACACUUGUUAAAAGUUACAAGUUACAAAGAAUUCAACAGGAUGCACAUACCAAAUUUAGCAAUUGUUUUUGGGCCAACCCUCAUGUGGCCAGAAAUUGAAUCAACAAAUAUGGCUAUAGAUCUAAUGCAACAGAACAUGGUGAUUGAAGCACUCUUGGUUGAUUUUGAUAAUAUAUUUAAAUAAAUUUACAAAAUCAUUAAAAUAACAUAUUAAAAACCGUUCAAUACAGCUAGAAACAUAACAUUCCGAAUAUGUAAAAACAUUAUUUAUGUUUAUAUUAUUUAAUACAUACCACUGUACUCAUAACAAGACAAUAACUAAGACUGACAUGUUUUGACAUUUAUUGCAGGAACUGUUGGAUAUAUUAAAUAUAUAUUUUUUUUAAUGAAAUGAUAUGAAAAUGUUUACCAAUUGUUUUUUUUUUUUUUAAAAGGGCCACCGAUUAUUUUUGGUAGAAUGUUAUAUAAAUAUCUAUUUUUUACUGCUACCAAGUACCUAAGAGUAUGUAGUAUGAUUUUAGAAUAUUUUUUGUUUUGUGACUUCUGAGUUGUGUUUUGUAAUGGUUAACAAAAUACUCUCCAAUUUUAUCCUAUUAGUUGUUUUUUUAUUUAUGUAAUUAUAGACUAGACUUAUUUUUGUUACUGUUUCUUAUUAUUUUAGUUU